UAGACAGGAAAGCGAAGCGACCUCGACAUUUUUUCCUCAACAACCCCCUUAUCCUAAAUAUUCUUAGGUAAUUUUAUGUCUUAGAAAGCAUACGCCUUUUAUCUGCAUUUUCGGUGAACAGUUUAACGAAUCGUCGCUAUUUUAUGUCGUGUAACGCGUAGAACGCUCGUGCAUCUGGAUGAACAUUGUGCAGUAAUUUAUGGAUGUAAUUAGGUAAUUUAAACUGGCCACUGACAACAAGCUCGCCGACUGCAUCAUGGUUAACUGCUGCUGUCUUUGCUGCGGUGAAAUCCCUCAACCCCGCCCCCUUGUGCCCGGCCAGGCGGGACCACCGCGGGACCCCCGCUCCGUGCAGCAGCAGCAGCCCGCUGGCUCCGGCCCAGACGCCGUGGAGCUGAAGGGGGCGCACAAAGGGGGAGCAAGACAGCUAGUGCAAGUGAAGAAAAAGGAGUGAGUUUAUAAUCUGUCUCUGACAUGCGAAAAAGUGCAGCAUGCUCUCCUCCGAGCCGGACUCUGCGGAGGCCACGGCGGUCAACGCUGCUCUCACUGAGGCUGAGGAAGAGGAGCAGGAGGAUGAGCAGGACUCACCGGCAGAGAGUGAUGUCCCGGAGGAGCAGCAUCCUGUGAAGCAGUCCCUCGGUUCCUGUGUGUGCCGGGAGUCCCAUUGGCGCUGCCUGCUGCUCUCUCUGCUCAUGUACAGCUGCCUGGGCGCCGUGGCCUGGUGCCAGCUGACCCGGGUCACCAAAAUCAGCUUCAAUUCGGCCCUCACCUCCUCAUUCUCGGCCUCGUUCACCUCCUCCCUGCGGGGCGCCUCUGGGAUGGGUGUCAGCGGACACUCAAUGAUCUACCAUGAUAGCCCCUGCUCUGACGGCUACAUCUACAUCCCUCUGGCCUUCCUGCUCAUGCUCUACGUCUUAUACAUGGUGGAGUGCUGGCACUGCAGAGCGAGGAGCGAGCUGCAGAGCAAAGCAGACGUGGACAGCGUGUACGAGCGCAUGCUGCGCAUGAGACAGGCCCAACCCUGCAUUUGGUGGAAGGCCAUCAGCUACCACUUUGUCCGUCGGACCCGUCAGGUCACUCGAUAUCGCAAUGGAGACGCCUACACCACCAUGCAGGUGUACCAUGAGAGGGUGAACACGCAUGUGGCCGAGGGAGAGUUUGACUUCGGCCGCUGCGGGAUGAAAGAUGUGUCAUGUGACCUCAUGGGCUUGGAGGGACUUCCGGCGACUCGCCUGCGCUUCACUAAAUGUUUCAGCUUCACAGAGGCCGGGCCAGAAAACGAUUACCUCAACCAGAGAGCCAGGUUCUUCUCUGAAAUCGAGGGUUUGGACGAUUACAUGGAGGCCAGGGAGGGCAUGCAGCUGAAGAACGUGGACUUCAGAGAAAACCUGAUAGCCUAUGUGGACCCUGACCGGUUGCCUUGGUACAGCUCGCAGGUCGCCUUCUGGCUGGCAGCUCUGCUCAUGCUGUCGUGGCCUCUGAGAGUGCUGAUAGAGUACCGCACUGCCUAUGUGCACUACCGCAUAGAGAAACUAUUCGGGUUAGAGUACAGCCCGUCUCCUCUCGAUGAAGACACGCCUAAUACUGGGUGUGUUAUUCCCAGAGUAGACACACUGGACAGCACUGAGAUGGAGUGGCACAUACGCUGUAACCGCCAGGUGAUCCCUAGCUACUCUGAGGCUAUACUGAUAAACAUGAGCACAGCCGACUCUAACUCCUUACCAGACACUGAAUGCAACUCCUCCUCAAACGGCUUCCUCCUCGAGGGCAGCCAGACUGCUCAGAGUUACGGCGCCCUGCAAAGCCAGGAGGACUGCGAGCAAUGCAGGGAGCCGACUGAAGGAGGUGAUGGAGGAGGAAGGAGGAGGUUCGUCACCAGCUCCAGCUGCUCCUCCAUCUUCUCCUGCCGGGGAGCGCUGCUACACUCCCACCUCUCCUCGGACACCUCCCGCUUCUCUCUCUGCCGCAUGUACGGCUCCCACCGCACCAUGGCUCUGUGGGGGAGCCGCAGCAGCAACCUGACGGACCCUUGCUGCGUGGAGGAGCCGUGCUGCAGGUCUGACUCCAGCCAGCUGGCCCUCAGCGACAGUCCGCCCACCUAUAGGGACGCCCGCUUCUUCCCUGUGCUCAUCGUGCAUAGGCCUGAGGGCUGUGGGGGUGAGGACGGGAGGGAAGUGAGGCGAUAUUAUAUACGAAGAGGGUCGUCCUUUGUAGAGACGGAUCUGUGAAGGACACUAGGACACUUAUUGAUGAGCCAAGAUGGAUUCACAUGUUUGCUCUAUAGACAGAAUGACAUUUUUGAUUUAUGGAGCUGUUUCAAAAAAUUCCACAUAUAAAAAAGGUUCAAGGUGAUAGUUUUGAUUGUUGGACGUAGGGUUGUACGAUUGAAUAAUUCACACAGAGUGUAUUAGCUACAGUAGAUGGGGUCGGCACAGAGUAGCAAAAAUGUAAGCAAUUUAGCCAACUGUUGUGCCAUUAUCAAAACAUAUUUAAGCCAACUAAAAUAAUCAUAUAGAAUAUUUUGUACCCCUUUACCUUUCCGGCGACUGCCCUUUUUUACAGGUAACUGAAGCUGUUAUCUUUUCUCUCUUUAAAGCCACCAGACUAGUCUAUGCUGGCAUAGACUACAUAUAAUAUAAUAUACAUCUUAGUAACUGUCGGUCAGUCUCUGUUAUUGGGUGACUUUAGUCAAUCUAAAUUAACCAAAGUUACACAAUAAUACAAAUUACUAACCAAUCGAGGCAGCUGUUGCCCAACAACUCCUGUGUUGUGCAAGGUAAAUGUGUUGUUUCUGUCACUUAAAUUUGGUGGCCUUGAAGAGGGCAUGGACGACGGCUUCUGUUCUUCACCUGAAAGGGCAGUCAGGUUAAGCGCUGAAACUACUCAAAAUAUAUUGUUCACUUAUACUGAUAUUGAUGUUAUCAGGUGGGCCUAUUUCUCCCAACUGGGGGUGUGACCUCUGCCAUCUUCUGUAGGUAAUACACUGACUAUUGAUAAGUACUUCAUGAAACCCCACUACAAGCAUUAUAAACUAUCCUUCUAAAUACAAACCUCUAUUUUUUAACAAAGUCACCAAAAGGUCAGAGUAUUGAAUUGCACAUGUCCAUAUUAUUACAGUGAAAUGUGGGAAAUGCAGGGUGUACUCGUGUAUCUAAAUCACCUCUGCAUUGUCAUACAGCCUUUGUAGCAGCUACACUCUGUCUACUCACACUACAGUGUGUAUGAUGACACAAAUAAAAACUUAACUAAAUGGUGCACACAACACUGAUACAUGAAAAAUGCACGACCUCUGCAUCCCACUGUUUCUUAUAUUUCUGAAAAAACACAUGAUGCAAAUCUUAACCAGUUUCUACAUUGACUAUGUUGGUGUUUUUAUAUGUUAAAGAUGUGUGCAACUUAGAGGCAUAUCUCAGAC